CGCCCCUCCCCGGAAGGGCGGCCCCGGCGCGGCCGGCGCGGAGCCGGCAUGGAGCGGGCCGAGGCCUACGGCUUCUCGGGCGCCAUGAGCGGCGCCUUCCUGCUGUCGUGCCUGCUCUUCGCGGCCGUCAGCCGCCGGCAGCGCGGGCCCUACAUGGACGAGGUGUUCCACAUCCCGCAGGCGCAGGCCUAUUGCCACGGCCGCUUCCUGCAGUGGGACCCCAUGAUCACCACGCUGCCCGGCCUGUACCUGCUCUCGGUGGGAGCCGCGAAGCCCGCGGCGUGGCUGCUCGGCUGGACGGGCAGCGUGGUGUGCUCCGUGGGAAUGCUCAGGUUCAUCAAUCUCCUCUUCAGUGCUGGGAACUUCUAUUUGCUCUAUUCACUUCUCUUCAAGAUCCAUCAGAAGAAUAAGGCUGUGUCUGGUUUCCAGAGAAUCUUGUCUGCAUUAACUCUUGCAGUGUUUCCCACCCUUUAUUUUUUUACAUUUCUUUAUUAUACGGAUCCAGGAUCAGUAUUUUUUACUCUUUUUUCCUAUUUAAUGUGCCUUUAUGGUAACCAUAAAACUUCUGCUCUCCUUGGAUUUUGUGGCUUCAUGUUUCGUCAGACAAAUAUUGUGUGGACAGUUUUUUGUGCUGGAAAUGUUGUUGCAGAGAAGCUAAAUGAAGCCUGGAAGAUUGAGUUGCAGAAAAAGAAAGAUGAAAAGAUUUCUUCCAGGAAAGGAUCAUUUUCAGAUUUGACCAGAAUACUGCAGUUCCUUGUUGAAUAUCUCUUGUCACCCAAAAAUUUAGUUACACUUAUUGCUUUAACUUGGCCAUACAUCAUAUUAGUAUCUCUCUUCUUUGUUUUUGUCUUCAUCAAUGGUGGAAUAGUUGUUGGUGAUAGAAGUAGCCAUGAAGCCUGUUUGCACUUUCCUCAGCUGUUCUAUUUCCUGUCCUUUACUGUUUUUUUUUCAUUUCCUCAUUUACUGACCCCUACUAAAAUCAGGAAAUUCCUUUUGUCUUUGCGAAAGCACCCUGUGCAGUAUAGCUUAGUGACUGUCAUCUCCUUAUUCCUGAUCUGGAGAUUUACCUAUGUCCAUAAGUAUUUACUAGCAGACAACAGACAUUAUACAUUUUAUGUCUGGAGAAAAGUGUUCCAAAGACAUGAGCUUGUAAAAUACCUGUUAGUUCCAUUCUAUAUAUUUGCUGGCUGGAGUUUUGCUGAUACACUAAAAUCAAAAUCGAUAUUCUGGAUCUUAAUGUAUUUUGUAUGUUUAUUAGCAGUCACAGUUCCUCAAAAAUUGCUAGAAUUUCGUUACUUUAUUUUGCCAUUCUUAAUAUAUAGGCUCAAUAUUCCAUUUCUAUCUCUAUAUAGACAACUUCUGGAGCUGGCUUUUUAUAUCUUAGUAAAUGCUGUAACUCUUUAUCUUUUUCUAAAUAGAACAUUCCAAUGGGAAAAUAGUGAUGAAGUACAGAGGUUUAUGUGGUGACCUUUUUUUGAUACUUUUAUACCUGUAGGAAAACACAGUUCUGUUUCAGGACUGGACUCUGGAAGGAAACAGUAUGUUUUGCAUCAUGUAAACACUAUUUUCCCUAGCUGGAACUGGGAAGUAAGCUCUUUGCUUAUAUUGUUGCAACCAAAUGCAAGAUCUGUUAUAAUGUGAAGAUACUCCAUAUAUUGAAUUUAUGAAAAUUUUAAAAUUCAGUAUGAGGGGAAAUGUGAGAAUAACUUUCUGUAAUUAAUGUAAAAUCAGGGAGAUGUUUACUUUCAUUUUUCAUGAUACUAAAAUAUAACAUGCCUUUAUAAACUUAAAAUAGUUUAUAAGUAUUUUUCAGAGGUUUCUCUUUUACAAAAGAAGGAUUUCAGUCUGUUCAAGCUUUUUGUUUAUUUAUCUGUCUGCAUAUUUGUUCCUUAAAUCAGGCCAUUUCCUUCUAGAUUUACUAGUGGUCAAAGUAUCUAACCACUAUUAAAGUACAGUGUUUUCAAAGCCUCCUACGUCUCACUGAAUUUUCAUUACUUUUUUGUCAGUAAAGGCUUACAUUAGUUUUGUAAGCAGAAUGGGCUCUUAAACCCCUAGAGAAUUUUGAACAUUUUAUUUCAAACUGAUAUUCAGAAAACACAGUGGAUGCUAUGUGUGUGCACCUUCUUUGGAGGAGUAAGUGUUACUGUACAAUAAAGCAUAAAUGGCAGUUGGUAAUGUGACCCCUUAGGAAGGGAGCAGUUUACAGAUGUCAGACUGCAACGUGCAGUGGAUUGCAGCACUCUUAAAUAAUUGAGCUUUUAUGUCCUGUGGUUCUGUGCUCUCAGGUUUGUGCUGAAAUCGACUCUGAGUGCACUUCUGAGUUGCACUGAGUGUUUUAAAGAUCUUUGAUGUGUAAUCUUCAAGAAGUACUAAUGGCAUUAUUGAACUCUUCUUUUAAGUAUUUUUCAUGUUUAAUGGAACUUGAGUGUAUAUUGUUUGACAAGGGUGAAAUGCAAUGUAUGUACACAUGUAUGUAUGUAUAUGUAUUUAAAAGCAUCUGGUGUGCACUAUCAUCAGAGUAAAUGAAGGCUUUAAUAGUUCCUGUAAGUAAAUAACUUAUAUUAAGUCUCAAAAAUAUUUGAUUGCUACAGUAUGUGGCAGGGGAGAGUGAUCUCCAAAACUUCAGGCACUGUGUAGCUUCUUUAAAUUCAUUAUUGUAAUGAUAAUGAUACUUCAGCCAAAUCUGUGCAAGCAUAAUAUUAUUGCCACUCAAGUCACUUGGAAUUGGAACAGUUUAUCAAGAGGUCAGUUCUGGAGCGUUACACACUCAGGUCAGUACUGUUACUGUUUUCUUUUACACCAUGAAGAUCCCUGUCCUGGCUCCAAUUCCUUCCCUGCUCUAGCCUUGUGAUGGGUGUGGUGAGCUCAGAUUCUGAUCAAUGCCUCUGCAGCCCUGUUUCUCCUAAGGAAACCUCCAGCCACUCUCAGUGCGUGGGUGUGUUUGUAUUGAAUUGAGGAUAUUUGCCAGGUUGCUUUUUGCUUCUUGGCCUUUUGCCAGCCUGGUAAUUUGUUGUCAGUGUGUACCACAGGGAAAGCCAUUUUCAAUCAGUCCCUAUUUGCUGCUUCACAUUGAAGGGACAAAAGAAACCUGAAAUGGAUUGCUUUUGAAGAAUCCAGUGUGCUUCUGGCAGAGUCCAGGAUGAUGUGUUGUGAUUGCAGUAUCACAGAUAUGGGAGGGGAAGUCUUGUGUGCCUUCUGCUUCCAGUUUUGUUUUUGUAUGCCAUGCCAAUAAAAAGAUAAAGAGCAUUUACCUGCUUAAGUACAAUUUCAUUUGUGCCCUGAAAUACUGAGUUGGAAUGGUAACAUAGAAAGGCAUGGUGCUCUGUCUAGUGUUCCAAGCUGUAUCUUAGAUCCAAGCUUUUUUUCUGGUUUUAUGUAGGGGAGCAGGUGUUAAUUCCCUUGAGAAAAAAAAUUCCUUUGCAAAGAUCAUUGUGUAGUCAACAGGUGUUUUAUCCAACAUGUCUUUUUACUGGUUCAAAUUCAUGAUCAACUUUGUUGAGAGACUGUUCAUGCUUCCUAUUUUUAACAGAAGUAGCAGCUGUGUUUCAAGUGAAAAGAACCAACUUAAAUAUGUACAAUUUUAAAAACAAUUUUACAGCUUUUUUUCGUUGUUGUGAAAAGUGAAUGCAAAAUGUCCACCAAAAUUUAGAGCACAAUACCUUUCUAAUGAGCUCCACCCAGGAGACACUAGAAAUGUUACACAUAGAUGUUUGUGACCUGUUGGGGCUGUUUAAUCAGUACUAUGAAAUGGCAUAAUAUUUUAUAAUGGAAUUUGUCACUAUAUUUACAGGUUUCAGUUGAAAACAAUGUUUAAUAUAUUUUGCUCAUUUGAAAGCAGGUUGAGUUGAUAAAAGUUUAAAUAAAGAGGGAAGUUGAUGAAUUACUAAAGUAUGAAAGGAGAAUGUAUUUGUAGAAUAAAGCUACAAUUUCACUUUUGCCUAUGAGGCUGAGGGUGUUUGCAGGUAAUAUUCAGUGUUAGCCAAGUCAGCCCAGAAAUCACAGAGGCAUUAUAUUGUAUCAGAACUGGUCAUAAAGAAUGGUCUCCAAAUUCCAUUAUUAUUUCCUGUUUUAACAAAUAGCAGUAACACUGUUGAAAUCCAUUGAAAUACAUAGUAUUUUGCCCCUGAAAUAUUUCCAUUGUAGUUGUUUUAAAUUUGUUAGUUGUUUUCCUUAAAGACAUGCAAAAAGGGCUGUAUUUAUUCUGCUUAAUGUUGCCAAGGUCUUCUACAGUCAAUAGAACUAUAAUUGCUUACUUUAAGUUAAUUCUCAGCAUGUGUCAGUGAAAUUUCUUAGAACAGCUUUAAAAUGUUAAUUUCUUGUAAAUUUUAUUAGUUAUCAAUUUAGAAUAAAAUCAUACUAAUUCCUUGAAGUAUUCAAGGUAAAACAAAAAAUAGCAUAGCUGACAUUUCUAUAAUGGCUGCUUUGAAAAAAGGCUCAGUUUUAAUUUUUCUUAGAAAUAAGAUGAUUUUUCAGUAACUUGGAAUAAUAAAGAUAGCUGAACAGUCACAAACAAUUGAACCUUUUUUCCCCCCCUUUUAGUUAAAAAUAUGUUCUUAUUCAGCAAGAUAGGAAGUUUGAUAAUGCUUUAUGCUGUGAAUUGCAUUUCCUGCAGUUUGUGAGCAUUCUAUAUUUCAUUCCUUAUAACUUCCUUAACCACACAUAUUUAUGUUCAAAAUUAGCAAGAAUUUUGUACCAUAAGCAAUGCUGAAAUAUUUUCUUCUGUUAAUUUUCUAGAGGGUUGAUAAAUAAGAUGGAUGACUUCUAUUAGAAAGUAAGGAAAAAGUAUUGUAUAGUGUCUGGGGGCAGCUGAAUUUUGUCCUGCUAAUGCAGUUCUGGUGUUUUUUGUUGUUCACAAGGUGGCAGUCCUGUGCUGUCUUGUUGAGGUGACCAAGUGCUGCGUGCAGUGCUGCUUGAAAUCAUUAUGUUCCAGCAACACUGAUAGUUAGAAAACUUCAAGUUCUCUCAUGGCUAACUGAUUUAGCCAUAAUGCCCUUGUUAAUUUUAAAUACAUACAGUAUGUUAAGUUUUACUCGAACAAGUUUUGUUCGUCUUUAAAGUGUCUUUCCUGCAUUUUUUUUCUGUUUGUGAAAUUUUCAUGUCUGCUCUGUGAGAACAAAAUGAAACUUGAAAACCUGCUGUUGUAAAGAUGUUGUUUCUAGCAGAUUAGCAGAUUUCCUUUGGGUGUUUUAUUAUUAAAUUUCACAGUAUUCUUACUUUCUUUGCAUAUUCCUUCUAUUUGUUUCUGUCUAAGGAGAAAAAAGCCCUGAAGGACAAAUUGAGAAAAGCAGAAUAAUUAUGCUUUUGCUGACCUGUGGUGAUUUUCUGAAAUAUACACUCUUUUUUGAGUGAUGCACCUACAAACUAUAAAUGCUCAAGUGUCUGUUGGCCCUAUAGUAGUUGAUAUACCAUCUUUUAAAUACAUUAUCUAGUUUUCCUAUAAUGAAAAAUUGUAAAGUCCAGUCCAUGAAAAUGCUUCUAAUUAUCUUAAACUUCAUCUAUAUUCAGCAUCCUAAUUUUUUUGCCCUGAAAAACUUUGCACUCCUUGCUUGUCCCUUGUUAGAUAAGACAUGCAUUUUAUCUUCAAUUCAGUGACAUUUUUCUGUCACCUGAGGCAUGUUUUAUAGAAAAACAUCCUUCUCAAAAGUAUGCUUUAGAUAGAUGCACAUAAUUGGUUUUGCUAACAAACAUCCUUUUGCAAACAAAAAGGAUCUGUAUGAGACAGAAAUGCUAAUCUACCUAGCCAUGUGUAGCUAAAAUGCCCUUAAUUUGCCAGUUUUUCUGCUUGAUCUCAGAAUAUGCUCAGGACCUCACGCUGUUCCUUCAGCUUCACGGGUAGCUGGGAUAUGAGGAGCAGGAAGCAAGAGGAAAAAUUUCUGCAGAUCAUUUUCUUGGGAGUGCUGCCGUAGCUGGGAGUGUGCAGGGCUGCCAGAGCAGGAGUGAGUGGAUGCUUCUGGGGCUUAGAGGGCACCACUGAAUUUAACAGAGCGCUGGGGCUGGCUGAAGUAUGUGGUGAUAUGUAUGCCAUACAUGAGUGGGAAUGUCUUCUCCAGCUGCAAGGAGAAUCUGAUUGUUGCUAGAGCUGGCUGGAUCUCUGGGAGAUUGAUCCUGCUGAAAUCUGGCAGGGAACUGGUUUGUUGGAAGAUGUAGCAUUUCAGUGUGCAUCUGUAAAUAAAAAACUGUUCUUGCUGUGUUCAGGAAAUGGGAGCUUACUUGAACCACAGCUGUGGUUCAAGUUGCUUUCAUUUUUAUGGAAUCAUAGAAUCAUUAAGGUUGGACAAGACUCAUAAGACCAUUGAGUCCAGCUGUCAACCCACUACCUCUUUUUCACCACUAAACCAUAUCCCCACCUGCCACAUUCAUGACCUUUUGAACUCUUGGAGGGAUGGUGAUUCCACCACUUCCCUGGACAGCCUGUUUCAAAGCCUGAUUGCCUUUUCCAUUAAUAAUUUUUUUCUAAUAUCCAAUCUAAACUUAACUUCAUCUGGUUCUCUCACUUGUUACAUAGGAGAAGAAACCAACCCUGACCUCACUAUUACCUUGGUUCAGAGACCACUUUCAGACACCCACUUCAGACUAUAAGUUUAAUAUACAUAAAUCACAUUUUCAUGCAUUUUCCUGUGAUUCCCAUUUGAUUACCAUUGAAUCUCAAGAAAGCAUUGGCUGGCUGAUUUUCACGUUGUCAUUUGCCCAGAUAUUUUAGUGGGUUUAUGAUGUACUUUGUACGUGAUUAACGUAAGAGAUUUGAUAAUCUGGAUGCCUUGGCAAGAACAAACAGAACUUUGAAGAUUAUGGAAGGAUUGGAUCAGACUGGUGUCAGGCAAGAAGAUUGAAUCAACUUCUACAAGCAAGAGAUGUUGCAAAAUGUAUAAGUUUGUUUAUGUGAUGACUAAGCCAAUCAUUGUAGUAAAAAAUUGCUAGCCUUCCUAGACUAGUAUAUAAGUAUAUGUAGUCCACAGUAAAAUGGGAUUCUGACCACCACCCACUCAGUGUUCCCAUCUCUCUCUCCAUUGCUGAUAGGUUUAUAAUACAAAACUGAUGUGUCUCUAAAAAGUAAAUGUUUUUAAAGCAAUGUUUCCCAUGUGCUCUAUAUCCUGAUUUUAGGAUAUAGAGCACAUGUAAAUUAAUAUCCCAUGCAUUUAAUUCAAAUUGGCUUGAGCUCCUAUUAAUAACAGCAGUGUAUGCCUUUUCAAAAAUCUAAUUGCAAGAGUUCAUGUCCUUAGCUACAUUGUCAUCUUCUGUAACGAAAUUACAUUUUGAUGUUUUCAUAUCAACCCUCCUAAAAGUAUUGUCAUAGAAAUAAUCUUGCAAAAAUAUAGUGAAAAAGGAAUGGUGAUUAUCACUGGCAGGAGUCUAAUUUUAGGGCAAUACUUCAGACCUGCAAGUUUAGUACAUGUAAAUCAUGCUGCAUUUUCCUGUGUUCCCAUCAAAUCUCAGAGCAUUGCCUGGCUGAACUGAAAUUUAAAUGACAAGUUUCAAAAGAACAAAGGAAACACAGUUGGGAACAUCACCACUUCCAGAGUAGCACUUCACCCUCGGGGUCGGUGCUGAUCAAAUGCCAGCACAUUGUUGGUGUGUGGGAGGAAGCACAGUAUAACCCUAGUCCUGGUGAAGGGCAGAGAGGCUGCAUGUGGGAUUCCUUCCUUACUAGCUGCUCUGUGCAUUCCCGAGCUGCUACAGCACUACAUACUCAUUGCCAAUAGCAUUAUUUUAUCUUAGAGGCAGUUGUGAAGGUGAGAAUUCAUCUGCCACGCAUCUCAUUGAAGCCACCUUCUGGUGUGAGCUGCUUGCUAGUGCUAGGUAGGGCACUCCUGAGUGGGGAAGCCUUGUAUCCAAGGCUUCAGGCCAGAAUGACCAGUGUUUGAGCUGAUUUUCCUGGCAGCCACUCUGCUAGCUAAAUUUGAAAAAUUUCGGCCCAAUCCAAUGUGUUGCUAACUUGCUUUAAAAUCUCAAGAAGCCUUGUGGAAUUACCUUCUCUCUUCAGGUCCAGCCCCUGGAGAAAGAAACAGAAACACGUCAAAGAAAAAUUAAUUUAUUUGCUGUUUAUAGUAAAGAGUUGCAUGUAUCCUUGCUAAAACUAUAUCAGUGCACCUUUGCUUCAAUAACAAUGAGUUUUGUUCUCUUUAUUAUUACUAGAAUGGAAUUUUAGGCCCUCUUUUCUGAAACAAGGAAGAAUAGUUUGCUUAAAACAAAAAAUAAAUUGGGUAUCUGGCAGUUUUCUUAAGAAUUAAGAAAAUAUAUUUGAGAUUCUGGAAACAGCUGUUGUCUGAGAGAAGCUUUAAGUUUGCCUUCAAGAUAAAUACUAGUAAUUUCACUUCUCCCUACUAUACUGCUUAUAAAAUAUAUAUUGCUUAAAUUCUGUGAGGGUGGAAGAGGGGUGUAGCAUUACAAUGGCCUUGGCUGGCUGUUUGCCUGACAGGGGGCCACAAAACUUUAUCUAAGAACUCCUACCAAGGAGGAAGUUACUUUCCACAUUAUGUAAGUGAAUCCUGUGAAGUUUAAUAUUUUGAAGCUGAAACGGAGCUCAUCUUUUGAAAACACACUCUAUUUAAAGCAGUCAAUUAGUGAUGAAUUUGCUGUUUCAUUAGACAAGCUUUUGCAGAGAUUAAUUACUUCUACUCUUAGGAACCUUUUCUCUCUAGUUGUGGUCCUCUUGCUACAUCUGUGCAAAGACAAUUCUCCCCAUUUUCCUCCUCCACUUGUGCAGAUACAUACAAUUAAUGUGUUGUGUGCAGCUCACAGCACAACAGCUUCUUAACCUACUGACCUACAGAGAUACGAGGAUGUGGCAUCCCAGAUUGGUUUUCCCUAGCUUUAUUUUCAGCACAUAAAGAGGUAAUGAUGAAUAUAAUUGAAGAUUUCACAAAACUUUUUCUAUAAGGAAGAAGUAUCAUCUACCUAGACCUGUGCCCCCUGCUCUAUUUAUCUGAAACAAAGUCUGUGGCACCUUGAAUGCAUGAAUACUCUUACUGUGAGGAGCAUGCUGGCUACCUUGUAUGUGAAGCAUCGAUUUUUUGACUUCUAAAGUCAAGCUAAUGGAAAAAUCAGUCCAAAAUAAACAUAUUAGCAAUUCCCACAACAACUGCUUUCAUCUUUAUUAGUGAAGUGGCUGGAGAUAUACACAACAUUUUGCUUGCUUCUCCUUGAUUAUUACUAUGUUAAUAGUAGUGAGGGCAUGUGAAGUUUCAGUUUGGCUGAGCAGUUUAUGAUUUGGCUGUUUCCUGUAGAGCUCCUUGAAGUUAAAUGCUUGUGGAGGCAAAUUGAAUUGAUUGGUUACUGUCUUGACCUCUAAAGCCAGGGCUAAUUCAAGUAGCUUGCUGUUGUAUUGAGAGGUUGGCUGUGUUUGUCUUGAGACACAGUUUCUUUGUGGGGUUCAAACACAGGAAUUUUCUUUUCUGUAGAAUUACAAAUAAAUGUAUUCAGAUUAUGAGAAUUCUGUAAGGAAGCCUGCUUUUCUUAUACUGAAUAAACCAAAUUUCAUUUGGCCUGGUGGGACUCUAUGUACUCUCUAAUACAUGGAAUCACUCUGCCUGAGGGUUAGAGGACUUUAGGCAUUGUUUUAAACAGCUAUCAGAUCAGCUAAUUUUGCAGGAAGCCUUUGAUUUUGAAUUAAAAGCUCACCACUACCAUCAAUUGGUGGGCUCAUUCCUCUUGCGCUUUCAAAUCCUGGCAUUAUAAUUAAAACUUUGUGAAUAAAGUGUCAUUCUGGAAAACAAUUGUCCAUCCUACUAGCAAUUAAGUCUUCUAUAAACCUUAACAUGCAAUUACAGCAAAGAUCAGUUAAAGUAAGACAUUUGUGACUGAAUCUGAAUCAAAGAUAUCACCUGCAAAGAUUCUACCUUGUUAUUUAAGUCACACACAAUAGAGUACAUGAUGCUCUGGAACUUUCUUGCCCAUCAGUUUGUCAGAGAAUAAGCAAGUAAAAAAAGCCUUUCAAGUCAAUCCUAAUGUCUAACUAACUGAGAGUCUGCAGUUACUUGGCAAAAACUAGCCUGUCAAAAUCCGAUUCUAGUCUCCUCCAGGGGUUUUGCUGUGAUGGAUCUCAUGAUGAAUGUUCUUCAGCCCUUUUUGUGUUUUCUUUCGCAAUGCAAGAUCCUCUUCCCUCGAAGUGGCUUUAUUGCCUCUUGGAUGAGAAAUUGGUUUGGAGGUCUGUUUUAUUACAUUAGAGUGUUUAUGCAUUAGCACGAGCAAUACUUCGACCAAAUGGAUCUAUACCCUGCAGUCAAAAUGCAAACAACAGUGUGUAUUGACAGAAUAUAUUCAAUACUUUUUUUUUUCAUUAAAUCUAGCAUAAAGUAGAUGGGAUAAUUUGGUAUCAGAUUUAAUCUUUCAUGUUACUCUGCAAGUGUAUAGAUAUUGACAAUUUGUUUGGUCCUUUGAACAUACACUUCCAAGGCAGAGUUCAAGAAGGUAAUUACAAUCCAACUCUCUUUUCCAUUACCUACACACUAAUUUAAUUGAAAUUGUAGUAAGUACAACUUCAUGAGAUGGAUCUAUUUUCAUUUCAAUACUGCUUUCUCUGAGAACACUAGAGGAUAUAAAUCAACAGGAACUACACACUAAAGAAAUAAUAAUGCCUUCUGGAACUCUUCAGCUGCGUGUGCUCAAUCUACAGCCUGAAAGAACAUGCAUAAAGACCUUACAGAAUUUUGGAUUUGUAUAUUCACUAGAAUGUAUAAUGGUAAAAAUAAAAUAAAACUCAGGGCAAAGUGACUACUUUAUUUUCUUUUUAUUUUUUUUUCUUUUUUUCUUUUUUUUUUUUUAAGACUACUGUUUGAUAUUUACAACAAUGGAACAAUACAAGGAAAUGCAAAGCUGGAAAGAUUUCUUUUCACAGAUUUUCUGUUGUUGGCUCAUAUAAGGUAGAAAACAGCUGUGCACCAAAUCUGAAAAGGUGGAUCUACUUGUUCAUGUGCUCAUCUGCAUUUUUAUCAUUCUAAAUACCUUUUUUAAUCUGAUAUUUUCCUUUGAACCUUCACUAGGACUUCUGUAUUUUGAUAACAAAUAAAAGGAAAAACUGUAGGGUAUUCCUGGUAAGUUGCAUGGAGAAAAAAGAUAAAACUGAAAAAAAAAAGACUGGAUAUGGAAUUCAAUGCCAUGGUUUAGUUGAGGUGUUGGGGUAUGGGUUGGACUCAAUGAUCUUUACGGUCUCUUCCAACCCAGAGAUUCUGUGAAUUCUGUGAAGUAAUGCUGUGUGCACUUGCAGGAAGCUUAGGCUGGGAAUAAAUUCCACAGUAAAGACCCUAAGCCUCCACUUUAAUCCCUUCCUAGGGUGAGUGAUCCCGUUCCUUCCACCAUAGACUAUCUCUUUUUGCUUGGCUGUUCUUCCUUUUGUGCCAACCUCUCUUCUCCAUGUAAGCAUGUGUUAUAGACUGUCCACAGUUGUAGCUGGCUUUGUCCCAGCCAUCCUGGCAUGCUGAGACUGUUUCUUUAUCUCAUUCCUGCUGGUGAAAUACAAAACUCAGUGUUCAUUUGGGCAAGGAUUUCAAUUGAUGUAAAUGUAGGCUGUACUUAUCAUCCGUUUCAUUGGGAUGGCAUCAAAAAGACUGGCCUGGCAAAAGGGGUGUGUGAUCAUCCUACCCUGGCUGUCAGAAGCAAAAUUUGCAGUGUGGGAGUUCUGCUUGUCUUGGUUUUCCUAGUAGGGCCUCUUCAGAUGAUUGAUCUUUUUCAGCUGGGGUGAGCUGGCAGCCCCUUUGCCUUGUCCUGAGAUAAUGUAACAAAGCUCUGAGCUCAGCAGACUGUGUUGUGCCACCUUCAAGGAGCGCUAAAGACAGCCAUAAAAUUGCACGUCAGUUGUUAGCCCAGCCUGGCCUCCUCCUCUGAGAUGUUGCAGCAUCAGCAUUUGCUCAGCCUGGGAAUGGAUGGCUCUUCAGCAACCCACAGGCCAAGGUUGUUCUUUUAUGUUUUGGCUCUUAUUUGCUCUAAUAUAAAUUGUGUCCCUAAUUCACCCGUGGAAAAUGUUUUGAAAGGCACAAAUGCAGACCUGCACUUCAGUCUUCUGAUUCAGGCUUCACAAGUCCUAAGAUUUAGAAACAAGGGAAGAAACAAUUUCUGUCAUAUUUUCUUAAUUUCUUGUACUAAGAGUACAUUAAAUGUAGUUUUUUUAGAACUGAAAUGAAUAUGGAAAUCUGUUCACCUUAUAACAUUCUUGCUUUUUUCUGUACUUUUUGUCAUGUGGUUCCCACAGAAGGUAGUGGUGAGUGGAUGAGAUAAUGCAUGAAAGAAUAUUUUUUUACCAGACAUGUUACUACAGAAUAGAAUACACUUUUUACUGUUUUCCAUGUACAUGAGUCUCUCUUACAGACUGAAAGUCCUUACAUUGGUUUCUGCUGGUGGCCCAUUAGAGCUUAUGUCCUUCAAAAAGCUUGAGUACAGCUGCUGAUAGUGGUCAAGUGGCACUUGUGAAUGGCUUUUUCUUUAAUUUCCAGUCACUUUCUUCUUUUUGCAUUUUGUCUUUGAUAUGUGACAAACUAGUGUCAUUGGCUUUCCUCUUAGUGGAUAAGGACAUUUUUCUGAUUUUUUGUGUUGCCUUUAUUUUCUCCCUGCAUCUCAUGGCUUUUUAGAAAGCUUUUUUAUAAGCAGACAAUGAGUUAUUUACAUAGAACCAGUCUUGUCCUCUUGUUCUAUACUUUAUUUAUUUUUUAAUACUUAAAAAUUGCUGUGGAUAAAGGUAUUUUCAAUGCACGUAACCCAAUGAAAAAUUACAAUCAGUGUUUAUUGAAGGAAAUGUAUUGGAUAGUGUCCUUUCUUUGUAGCUAUUUGAGAAAAUACAAGUCCUCAUGGAAAGAAAAGCAUUAGACUCAAGGUUAAUUUUUUAUCAUUAAUUAAAAAGAGAUUUUACUUUAAAAUAAAGAUGUAAAAAUUAACCUUUACAUUUUGUCUUCAGUCAUAAAGCACAGAUUGGAUUCAUUCCCCUCUUGAACGAGAGUCAAUAUUCUCAAAUUCCUACUGCUCCUAUUAAACCUUUCCUUUAUAGUUCAAAUUAAAUAAAUCAUUUGCAAAUAAAGCAUAAAUAAAAAAAUAUUUUCCGGAAAAAGAACAACACAAAGUGAGUGGAUGAAGAAAAGCCUGAGUACUUAUUUAUCA